AACCGUGUGCAUACAUAUAUCUGCAUGCUUGUCCGAUUUUCUCGCGAGUGCAUUCAAGUUCUGUAAGAUGUAUACGGUUAUUAAUUUGUGCAAUUAGUUUUCUGUUUUAUGCUUUCUGCUUUCUUGGCAUUCCAAUCGCAUUGAGCACUUGUUGUUGCUAAGCCUCUAUAACGUUCUUCUUGUUGUUGUUAUUCUCUUUUCCUCUUUGUCAAUGCUUAUUGCUGUUCUUGUGUGCAGUUGUAAUGUAUAAAUAGAUAACGAUCUUUUGCUCUCCCUCACUCCCAAUUUCAGUCUGGGCUUUUAUCUGCUCUCUGUUGUUAUCUGCUCUAGUGUUGUUGCUUACGCUGUGAAGCUUCCGUUAGUGCUGCACAGUGGCUCAAUACCUAUUAUGCGCCCAUUGAAAAUAAAAGUCAACGUUUUUUUUUUUGUCGUCCAUUAUAAGACUUCGCCUGAUUUAUAUGUUGAUUCGCACGAUGCGAAUAUGCUUAAAAGAUUUUAAAACUUAAAAUGUUAUCUCGAUCAUCCAGGACCCAUAUAUUGCAGAGAUUUUUAUAUUUUUAAAGACCUUUCGCCUCCUGCAAAGCGAUGGUAAUCAAAUAAUCGCUCUUAUGCAUGUGAUUUUUCAGUGUCUACUUUUACAAAUGAAAUUCUUUGCGUGAAACGUUACAAGAAUAUGAUCUAUUGCAACUGGGUAUCUUAAAAACUUGAAUCGUUUGGACGUUAUCUUAUGAUACUUGGCGCUCCUUGGCGUUCGAACUCUUUGUUGCAACUGUGCAAGCAUUAUCGUGAGACACAGACGGAACUCAGAGCUGUGGUAACAAAAUCAACCACCCUCCUAUGUGUUAAUGGCCAUAAAAUAAUUGGGAUUUUUUAUGUAAAUUCUUGGGCCAGCAUUUGAAGACAGCGGACAAAUUGCAUUCUCGCUUUAGCUAACCGAACGCCUGGAGCAAAUACCCGCACCACAAAUGCAAAAUGAAUUCGGACCAAACAAUGCAGAUGCCAUCUGGGCCGCCGCCUCCCUCGCAGAGAGUUACAUGCGGCGAGUUCAGCGGGGACAGGGAGAGCUAUGGGGCUGCCGCGAGUCUGGGAUAUGGCGGCAUACCGACAUCGUCCACCAGCAGUUACGGUUCGUUUGGCGUACUCUCCAGCUUAUCCAGUGGUGGGACAGGUACGUCCACGUUGCCGCUGCUGUUGUCCACGCCGCCAUCGACAAGCACGUUUAAGACAACGCCGAUUUCAAUGCCAACAUCGACGCCUUCGCCAUCAUCAUUGAUUCCGAUUCCGAUGUCGACGCCCGCGCCCUCCCCUCUGAUCCCCAUGACGAAUCCGACAACGACAACCACACCGCCGCCGUCGACGCUGCUGCCCAUGUCAAUGUCCAUGUCGCUGACGACGCCAACCCAGCUGCCGACACAGCUGCUGCCAAUGCCAACGCUGGAGGACAUUGAAGUAGCUACCCAGCAGCAGCCGUCGGCGCCGCCACAGUCGCAGCCAACCGGCAUACUCAAGUACCCAACAGCAUCGAGCAUUGGCUACGUCAGCGAACUGUUGCCGCCGCCAGGUCCAGCCCUGGCCAGCAGCGCCAGCAGCUCCAUCAACAGCAACUGCGGCACACUUAAGAGCAACGCCAAGCUGCUGCCGCUUCAGCUGGUCGCCAAUGCGGCACCCACACGCAAGGAGCCGCCAUCGAGCGCGCCCACAGCACAGUCACAGCAGCAGCAGCGCCAGCGGCGGCAGGGCUGGUGUGCCUGCUUCGGGUCCGGUCCGAGUGCAUCGGAGGCCAAAACGCCGCACGGCUACGGCUCCAAGACCAAGAAACGCAAACAAACGGCCCAAACUGUUUGGUCUGCCCUUCUCACAAAUCUGGGCAUUUGCAUGCUCCUUCUGGCCUACACAUUGCUGGGCUCCUUCAUAUUCCUAACCAUCGAGAAUGAGGACUCGGCACUGCUGCAUCAACAGCAUACGCUGGCAUCCACCAAGCGCAACAUGGCCAGCAAUAGCCACAGCAACACCAAUGGGAACGGCAAUGGCAUCUAUCAACAGCAAAGGUCGCCACAGACGCAGCCACAACAGCAGCGGCAGCAGCAAGGGCAACAGCAAGGACCUCACACGGACAAUGACACGAUGGCCGCUGCAAUUGCCCAGGGCCAGGAUCUGGGGCAUGAGCGUAGCGUCUAUGGGCAGGCAUCGAAUGACUUUGUUUAUGGAUUGGAUGACUCCGACAUGGAAGCGGGGCAGGCACAGUUUGCCUUAUCGCCGGAUACUUAUGAUGUACGACAGCGCACCAUUGAGAAUAUCUGGGACAUAACCGUGUCCCUAAACAUACUCUACAAGGAGAACUGGACAAAAUUAGCCGCACUUGAAAUUGCCAAGUUUCAAGACCAAUUAAUCAAGAGACUGAACGAGGAUGUUAUGCUGCAAUUAUCACACGACGAUGUGGCUGGCGGACAUUCGGUUGCUGGCGGUUCUGCUGGUGGUGCUGGUUCAGCUGGUGGUUCAGCCAACAAUCCGGCCACGGAAGCUGUUCUUCUGCACACACACUUUCAUCAUCAUCGUCUUGCCGGCGGUGGCGUGGGUGGACCACCACAUGAAUGGAAUUUCGCCAAAGCGUUUUUGUAUUCGCUGACCGUUUUGACCACAAUUGGCUAUGGCAACAUCGCACCCCGUACGGCGCUUGGAAGAAUCGUAACCCUGGCUUAUGCCUUCUUUGGAAUACCCCUAACGCUGGUCUAUCUGAGCAGCACGGGCAGCAUUCUGGCCAAAGUGGCGCGCGAAGUGUUCUCGAAGGCGCUGUGCUGCUGCCUGUGCUCCAACUGCGGCUACUGCUGCUACGACGAGAAGCGGAUGGCGGAGAAGGAGCGACGCAUGAAGCGUAAGCGGCAGCAGGAGGAGCUGCGCAAACAGCAGGCUGUCAUGCAGGAGCCCUACUAUGUGCGCGAUGUGUAUCAUGCCACGCCCGAGAAGCAAGCUGGCGGCACAGUUGGUGGAGCUGGCGGCGGAGUUGGAGGAACCGGCACUGCCGGAGUUGGUGGCACUGGCGCACCCACUGGCGUACCCGGCCUGGGCAUGCCGCCGGCACCGCCAUCGGGCGGUGCAUCUGGCGCGGACAUUGAUUCGCUGAGCGCCAGCGAGUCGCGUGGCUCCAUGCACGGCCUGAGCAUAUUGGCGCCCAUUCUGCUCUGCUUCUCCAUGAUGAUCAUCUACAUAGUCUUUGGGGCAGCGGUACUGUAUCGCCUGGAGAAUUGGCCAAUUAUCGAUGGCAUCUAUUUCUGCUUCAUGAGCCUCUCGACGAUUGGAUUUGGCGACAUGCUGCCUGGUCUAAGGCGCGAUUCGAAUGCCACCACCUGGUUCUGUUCGGUGUACAUUAUGUCCGGCAUGACACUGACGGCCAUGUGCUUCAAUGUAAUCCACGAGGAGAUUGUCCAUCGCAUACGCAUUGUGGUGGAGUUCAAGAAGGCGGGCGCUGCUACAGCUGCCGGCACCGGCGGCUCCAUGUUGGAUGUCACACACGAGGAGGGCAAUCAGUACUAUGUGCCCGCAUCUUGACACUACGAGAAGCGCGGACAUCUCUAUCAGCGCAAUCCCACCGAGGAGACACUGGUGACAGACACGCCCACAUCGCUGGUGCUCAAGGACUAUGUUAACCACGAGCUGGUGCCCAUUUUGACCAUGGAUCCGAAUGGCUCACGUCUGGGCCUGGCACAGCCAGCGCCCGUUUAUACGUCCGCGAACAACACGAAUCCAACUGAAGUCGCCGGCGAAAGCAGCGCCCUGGGCUACUCAACGCUCAACAGUCCGCUGCUCGAAGGACUCACAGCGGGUGCAAGCGGGGGCGGGGGCGGAGGCGGAGGCGGAGGCAUCUCAUCACAGAUCAAAGCCGGCGUCUACACGCUGGCCGAGGAGACGGAGCUCGAACUGCAGGCCGUGCACACAGAAACGCACGUGGAACGCGUCUAGAGCUGUGAAACGGACAGCAUUAGGUCGUAGGUCACAUAGAAUUAGUCCAUAGUCAGUUUAAUGUGUAAUAUUUUUUUUUUGUGGGCAAUGCCCGGAUAAAAACCAGAAACCAAAAGCCUAGCUCUAAGUUUGACUAUCAUUGUAUAUAAAAAAAAAAAAAAUAACAAAAAAGGAAAUCAAAGUCGAAAAAGAGAAAGAGAACACAUAAAAUAUGAAACAGAAAGAGAAAGGGAGAGCGAGCUUCAGCAGGAGCGAGGCGAAAGGAUACAUUUCCAUAGCUCGUAAGCAAAAUAACUAAAUAUUGGGCAGCCCCACGGCAUGCUACAGAAAUUAGUCAAUGUAGUAAAAACAGGCAAAAAAAAAAAACACCUUAAGAAAAAACAACAACAACAAAUCAGUGGAAAAAAAACUAUUAUACAAUAAGCACUUAAAUACUACGUUUAUGCGAUGAAUUUCACGAUUUCUCUAAAAGCAGCUGUAGAUUUCUGCUUCUUCAAUUUCGAGUUAAUUUUGUAGCAAUCUGGCAGCACAAAAUAACUGUAAAUGAAAUUCCAGCUAGUGCAUGAACAUAUAUACAUAUAUGGCAUAGUUUUGCUGUACUUGAUUCAAGCUCAAUUCAGCUGAAUUUGUGAAAAUAACGGAAAUAUACAGUGAAAAAUAUUGUUUUAAGCUUUCGACGUAGCAUAAAAGAUAAAACUGUUUCGCAUUUGACAACUACGUUUACGCAAUGCACUUCACGAUUUCUUGAAAUCUUUUCCAUAUGAAUACGUGCUUCUGUUCUUUCAAUUUCUUUUGGGCAAUCUGGCAGCACGUUUAAUGACAUACACAUGAAAUUGUUGUGUUUUUAGCACUCGAGCAGUUCAUGAAAUAAUCAACAUUUCUCAAUACUUUGCUCACAAAAAGUGUUUUGAAAAUCAAUUAUUGCUAACUCUGAAUUUGCCGUGCUUUCAGCUAGAUUUUUCUGCAAGCGCCACAUACAAGUUAAAAACAAAAACAAAACAAAAAAAAAAACAAAACAAAAUGAAAUAAAAUAAUAAAGUAUUAAAAUUACUCGUACAUAUAUAAAUAGGUACAUAUGCAUACAUAUAAUAGCAAAUCGAGUAAGAACUUACUGAAGCCCAGCCACAUUAAAAAACGUACAUUUAAAUGCCCGUAAAGCAUAAAGCAUCCCAACAUUUUAUACGUAAAUCAAGCUUACAUAGUUAAUAUAUGAAUAUCAAAAAAA